AAUUUAUUUUAUUUAGUAAAUAAAACACUUUAGGCUGAUUUUACUAAAUUUUUUUAUUAAAUAUUUUCGUUUAAUUUAUUAUUUAUUCGCAUUCAAUAUAAAGUAAUAUUGCCAGCUAAUUAGAGACGCCAUAGUAUUCUUCUAAUACAAUCCAUAAUUUCAUCAUGAUGGUAUUGUGUUAUCUGUUAUGCAAGUGUUGCAACCGCUAGGACGUGUAUUGCACGGCAGAUUAGAACAAACACGUUAUGUGAUGAACGGUUAAACCAUGAUCGUCCCCGAUAAACGGAAUAAGAGAUUAUUCAAUCCUAAAAGUUAAAUAUAAUGCACUACGGACCUAAAAUAAUAUGAGCGUAAGAAGUGAAUAUAAACAUUAAUAGGUACAUGACAUAGAUAUAAUGCUAGUGAAAAGAUAUAGCUUUGUCUCCUUUCUCUUUCAUGCUUUCCUUUUGUAAAUAGGGAUUGAAUCAUCCCGUGUGAUGCGUGAUAAGAUGCAGCUUUCCCUUGUCCUUGUCUUUGUCCUUCAGCUAAUCAAUAAAUGUGUAUAAAGUGAUAGCCACUUUCGAGUAACGCUCACUGGUACGGAUAUAGAUUUUUCUUCACUCAAAUUAUUGAAUUCCCCAUCUAGAAAUGUGAAAAUAAUGUUGCUUCGGCUAGAUACUCUGUAAUUUAGAUAUCGUUAUAUGAAGCUUCUUUCCUUGAUGAUGAUGAUGUGGUAGAAUUACUUACAUGGCUAUCAGAACUUGAUCUGAUUGCAAGUUAUUUGGUUCGGUGGCAAUAUUGAAAGUGCAGUUUUUCUUAAGUGGUCUGGAUGGGGACUGGGGAAGAAAGCACAGCUAAACCUUCUAAACCAUCUUCUACGACUCAGGAGAUUGCACCGGCUCCUUCCUAUCCUGAUUGGUCAAGCUCUAUGCAGGCUUAUUAUGCCCCUGGAGCUACUCCACCUCCUUUUUACGCCUCAACUGUUGCUUCUGCAGCUCCCCAUCCCUAUUUGUGGGGAGGCCAGCAUCCUCUAAUGCCACCAUAUGGUACUCCUGUUCCAUAUCCAGCUAUAUAUCCUCCUGGGAGUGUCUAUGCUCAUCCUAGCAUGGCAACGACUCCGAGUGCCCCACAGACCGACUUUGUAGGCAAGGUACCCAACGGAAAAGAUCGGAAUUCCGCUAAAAAUUUGAAGGGAACUUCUGCCAAUAAUGGUUCUAAAGCAGGAGAUAAUGGAAAGGCAGGCUCGGGGUCAGGAAAUGAUGCCGUCUCACAAAGUGGUGAAAGCGGUUCUGAGGGAUCAUCCGAUGACAGUGAUGAAAAUGCUAACCAUCAGGAAUCGGCUACAAACAAGAAAGGAAGCUUUGACAAAAUGCUUGCUGAUGGAGCCAAUGCACAGAACAAUGCCGGAACUCAACCUUCUGGAAAGGCUGCUGUGUCAAUGGCUGCAACUAAUCUUAAUAUUGGAAUGGACUUGUGGAAUGCAUCUUCUGCAGGUGCUGAUGCUACAAAACUGAGAAACAAUCAACCUGCCCCAGGAGCUGUCAACCCUCCUACUAUAAUGGGACGUGAAGUUGCACUUGGUGAACAGUGGAUACAAGACGAACGUGAGCUGAAGAGACAGAAAAGGAAACAGUCUAACAGAGAAUCAGCUAGGAGGUCAAGACUACGCAAGCAGGCUGAGUGUGAAGAGUUGCAAAAGAAGGUGGAGUCACUGGGAAACGAGAACCGGACUCUGAGAGAAGAACUUCAGAGAGUAUCAGAAGAAUGCGAGAAGCUUACAGCUGAAAAUAAUUCCAUCAAGGAAGAGUUGGAAAGGUUAUGUGGACCAGAAGCAGUUGCCAGCCUCGAAUAAAUCACCUUUUUGUUAUCUUCAUUAUAAGGCAACCCCGAGGUUUGAUCAAUUCCCAGAGCUAGAAGAGACAGACUUGCAGCUGCAAUUCUAUCAAUGCCGGUUCUAUUAAUUAAUCGAGCAUAGGAUAUAGUAUAAUUUUUCUUCUUUGUUCACUAAUUUUAUCAUACCAUUAAUUAACCCUCAAUUGUAAUUCUCCUGAUGUUAUUAUUAUACGCGUCAUUUGUUGUUGUAAUA